AUGCCAUAUCUCCAAUAUUCAACUGGAAUAUAUGACCCUGUGCUCGUGGAGGGAUGGGUAGUAGUCGAUGUCGAUGUCGCACCGGGGUCCGAGACACUGCUCGAAGUAGACGAAGAGCUUGAAGCAGAAGAGGAUUGCACUGAACUGGAAGCAAUCGAUGUUGGCAAAGGGCUAGAAGCCGAGCUUAGGACCGGGUUCAAGAGCACGAGAUUUGCCGUACUCCUAUAUAAGGAAUUUUUACCACACCCGGGACUCGAUUCCGAACCAGGGUCCAUCAGUUGGAGUGAGGAAAAUCGACUGCCCAGCAACCGCUCCAUCGCACAAUCCGUCCAAUGCGCCAAGGGCGUUUCCGACAGCGACUAG